AUCAUCAUUAAUAUUGUCUGGAGGAGUUACCUGAAAUUGUUCCGACCCACUGAUGAGAAAAGAAAAAGAUAUCACGGAGACGCUUCUCACUGCGGCGGAAGAACAUCCCGAUCUUCCAUUCUUAUCCGUCGACGAUAUUCCUCCGAUCACCACCGUCGCCGGAUUCGUUAGGGAGUUCAACGUGGAAACCAAAAAGCUAUGGUACUUGGCCGGCCCCGCUAUUUUCACGUCCGUGAACCAAUAUUCUCUCGGCGCAAUUACUCAGGUCUUCGCUGGUCACAUCAGCACCAUCGCUCUUGCGGCCGUCUCCGUCGAAAACUCCGUCGUUGCCGGCUUCUCAUUCGGUAUCAUGCUUGGAAUGGGAAGUGCGUUAGAAACGCUAUGUGGACAAGCGUUUGGAGCAGGGAAAUUGUCGAUGCUCGGCGUUUACUUGCAACGUUCAUGGGUGAUACUAAACGUGACCGCUCUUAUACUCUCUCUUCUCUACAUUUUCGCCGCCCCAAUCCUCGCGUCCAUAGGUCAAACGGCGGCGAUCUCUAGCGCCGCCGGAAUAUUUUCCAUCUACAUGAUCCCUCAGAUUUUCGCAUACGCGAUUAAUUUCCCAACCGCUAAAUUCUUGCAAUCACAAAGCAAGAUAAUGGUCAUGGCCGCUAUCUCGGCUGUUGCACUUGUUAUACACGUGCCUCUCACGUGGUUUGUCAUUGUGAAGCUCCAAUGGGGUAUGCCGGGUCUAGCCGUCGUGCUUAACGCGUCGUGGGUGUUCAUUGACAUGGCUCAGCUCGUGUACAUAUUUAGUGGUACGUGUGGUGAAGCUUGGUCAGGUUUAUCGUGGGAGGCUUUUCAUAAUUUGUGGAGUUUCGUUAGGUUGUCUUUGGCUUCUGCUGUUAUGCUCUGUUUGGAGGUGUGGUAUUUUAUGGCAAUCAUAUUAUUUGCUGGAUAUUUGAAGAAUGCUGAAAUCUCCGUAGCUGCCCUCUCCAUCUGCAUGAAUAUUUUGGGAUGGACUGCUAUGAUUGCUAUUGGGAUGAACACAGCCGUAAGUGUGAGAGUGUCUAAUGAACUAGGAGCUAACCAUCCAAGAACCGCGAAAUUCUCACUACUAGUGGCAGUGAUAACAUCGACGUUGAUCGGAUUCAUUGUAUCAAUGGUUCUACUCAUCUUUAGAGAUCAAUAUCCAUCGCUUUUUGUGAAAGACGAAGAAGUCAUCAUUCUUGUUAAAGAACUCACACCAAUACUUGCAUUCUCUAUUGUCAUCAACAAUGUCCAACCUGUCUUAUCAGGUGUGGCUGUGGGAGCUGGAUGGCAAGCAGUGGUGGCCUACGUGAACAUCGCCUGUUAUUACGUGUUUGGAAUACCAUUUGGUCUAUUAUUGGGAUACAAGCUUAACUUUGGUGUAAUGGGAAUCUGGUGCGGAAUGUUGACGGGAACCGUGGUUCAGACAAUAGUCUUAACAUGGAUGAUCUGCAAAACAAAUUGGGACACAGAGGCUUCAAUGGCUGAGGAUAGGAUAAGAGAAUGGGGAGGAGAAGUAUCUGAAAUAAAGCAACUCAUAAACUAAAAGACUAAUAUUCAAAGAAAAUCUGUCCCACCCUUUGUAGUUGGUCACAAUAGGUCUUUGUUUUGUUUUGGUUAUCAAGUCUUUGAUAGAGUUUCUAUAAAUUACAUUAGCUUCU